AUGGAUUUACUCGGAAAUCUUUUAUUCAAUGAUCAACGUGGAAUACCCACUGAGUAUGUACGACAUAUUUCAAGUAUUUGGUUAUCUGGUCUCAUGAUUGGCGAUGGUGUUACGAUACAAAUGAUGCAUGUACGAACAAAAGUUCAAGAUCGUCUAAAACGAGGACUGAUUCAUGAUGGAGAAAAAGUUAUUGUUCAAUAUUCGCAAGCUUGUCCUUGA